AUGCUGGCUGCUGUUGUUCGAGGAGAUCUCAAGUCAGUUCAAGAUGCCCUGAAGGACGGGUCGGACAUCAACAGCUGCGACUGCCAGUGGGGAACAUCUCCUUUGAUGGCUGCUUGUGCUCCAACACAGAGACUCGAGGUGCUUGCUUUCCUGCUUGAAGACAAGAAGUUGGACAAAGAACUGGUGAAUGCGAGAGGAAUGACAGCCCUGCAUCAGGCGGCAUGGUACGGGCAGAACGAGGCAAUUGAGAUGCUGCUGAGAGCUGGGGUAUCUCUUGACAGCACAACACCUGAGGGUCACAGUGCCAUGGACAUUGCCAAGCUGAUGGGGCAUGAAUCCACUUCGAGGCUCUUGGAGGUAGCAAAGCAAGAAGCAGUGAAAGCACUGGCGGAAACCCCAGAGCAACUGAGACAGAGGCUGAAGCAACAGCACAGCACGAAUGUUCAGAGACGAAUAGUACAACUGCAGAAGAGCUUGGCUUCCAUGACAAGACGCCCACCAGCGAACGUCAUCAGCACUUCGAAAGACAAAUCUCCUACUCCUUUGAAAGAAUGCAAUGAGGUAAAGAAAGAGCACACCCUUCACCAGGAGGUGCUUCAGCAUGUGGAUAUAGAUCAUGAGGUUGUGAGUAACCAGCGGGCUGUGUCAGCCAAGGAGAAAUUGCACGCCUACGAGAAUGAAGGACAGUCCUUCUUCCUGACACAGGAGGACAAGAAUUGGAGGCCAAUCUCUGGCAGACCGCGAUGA